CAAGACGCGCCUUUUCCCGACCCGCCCGUUCGGGUUCUCGCGUGUCAACUCGAUCAUGCACCACACUUUAAUGUCCCGCCCGCUUACUCUAGGCCUACACCUAGGCAUACCCCCUAUGCAUACCCUAGGCCUACCCCUAGGCCUACUUCCUAGGCCUACCCUAAGCCUACUCUCUUAGGAUUUCUCCCUAGGCCUACCCUAGGCCUACCCUAGGCUUACCCCUAGGCCUACCCCGUAGGCCUACCCUAGGCCACCCCCUAGGCCUACCCCCUAGGUCUAUCCUAGGCCUACCCUUAGGCCUACCCUUAGGCAUGGCCUUGGGUAGGGCCGAUGGUAGGCUACCCUGGGGCCUUGGGUAGGGCCUAGUGUAGGCUUCCCCCCCGGGUUCUAUACCUCGAGGAGAGGCUCCGCGCCGUGGAGGAGGCCGUGGCAGCGCUGGCCGACGCGGCGCUCGAGAAGCGAAUCAGCGCCGUGGAGGAUGCGAUUCGACAGGAGCGCAAGGAAAGGAAUUCGGUGAAGUCUUCCAGUCAGGUCGAGGAGUUUGAGGAGCUCGAGCUGCCUGUGCUGAAUCAGCGUGGAUCCCCUGGCCCCCCCAGCAGCAGGAAUGAGAGAAGAUCAGUGACUCCACUCAUGCUGGAUUGUGGGGACAUGUACACCAUUAGCGAGUCAGUUUGGGACUCGAUGCUCUUCUGCGGGCACAGCUCGAUUGGUCUCACGAACUCGGUGAUGAUGAUCUCAAUCUGGUUUCUUAACCUGAUUCUGCAGUUCAUGUUCAUUGUGAUCAUCGUGUAUCUGAUGACGCAGUCUGUCAGCCUGGACGCAGCUGUACUUGAUGGCCUGCUCAAGUUUAGGCUCGGUUUGGCGCACAGAGCCGAGUAUGCAGACAAGGUGACGCAACGAUCGAUGGCCCAACAGAUCUGCGAUGGAGAUUCUAAGCUGCAUCUGGCGGGUGAGCAGACGGGUCUUUACACCGACCUCAUGGAGUACGUUGGUGGAGGCGUCGUAGCUCAGUGCCUCGUUGUAUUCAUUCAGAUCCUGUGGCUCUGCACAAUACUGAAGGAUGUCGAUACUACAUACAGCAUAUUCAGAGCAGUGUGCCAGUGCAGGAUGGGGAGCCAGACGAAGCUCGUGGUUGAUGACAUGGAUGAACACGAAGACGACAGUCCUCCCACUCUCGUUCGCGCAGGAGCUCGUGACAUUGCUGUCGGGGAAGAUGAUUCUGGCCACCUGUACGACUUCAUGAAGGUCGUGCGCAUGGUCACCGUGUGGCCUGGCCGCGUGGCAUUCUUUUUCUUCAGCGUGUGCCUCCCGAAAUUGCUGGUGGCUGGCCUUUUGUGGUGGUUCGGGGCCAAGUGGUUAGCCAACACGGUGAACUUCUCCGAGCUGAUCUUGAACGGCGUGGCGCUCGCCUUCGUCCUCGAAUUCGACGAGGUGCUGUACUCGGUCCUCAUGCCUCGGCGAACCAAGACGCUGAUCUGCAACUUCAAGCCCCUGCCAAUGCCACCGCGCAAACCAGGCUCCAGGCUGUCUGGAGUGGGCACCGCUUUCAUCAUCGCCCUUGUCAUGACCAUAAUCUUGACUUUUUACAUGUUCGUGGUCUUGCCGAUCAAUUGGCAAAUCCUCCAGGGUGAGAAAAUCGUGUGCUCGGGCGACCUGAAUUUCGUCUACACCGAGAACCCCGCCACUAAAAUGGUGCACGUCGCGAAGACGAUGGGGGAGAAUGUAUACACCGACAUCGAGGAGAUUAUCGCGCAGGUGUCGCAGGUUGAACUCCAGGAAAACGACGGGUGGGAGGGCAGGGUGAGCCAGAGCAUAUUCGACGCCUCUAGAUCGACGUUUGCCCGGGCCGUCGACGAGUCGACGUUCGGCCUGAUCGUCGAUAUGAGCGUGUGGAGCCUUUCGGACGCGGCCAGCACGCUACCAUGCCGCGACCUGGGCUCUGGCCAGAGCACCGAGGCGUCGGUGCAGACGCUGAGGGUGCUCAGGGGCGACCCCAACAUCAGCAGCUGCGACGACAUCCCACGAGACCUCUGUGCCGCCCGGGAAAGCACGUGGCUUCGCGCCAUAUGCCCGAGGCAUUGCCGCUGCGAGGAGCCUCUCCUGAGUAACGUCGGCUUCUUCGGAAAGGCCAGCUUCGGGUGCCCCAGCCAGUGCGAGACAUUCAAGGCUGCGACAAGCGAGAUAGCUUUCAGAUAUGCGCUGAGCACUCUGGAGAGUGCCAGUCGGCGCUUGCAAGCUCCGGAAUCGCUGGGCGCAGCGCUGGAUUUCUCAAUUCUAAAUCGGGUAUUGAGCGCAGCCCAGGACUCAAACGCAACCCAGAACUCAAGCUCAGACCAGCUGACUACCUCCUCUUUGUUCCAAGGGUGCUCGGACUUCGCAAGCGCGGAGUUCUCCUUCGCAGGCGGGUGCGCUGACUCGAACGAGGAAACGCAACUCGACAAGAAUGGCAACGACUGCUCCGUGUACGCGGCUGUCCCCUCUUUCUGCGGCAUGGCCGACGACGACGACUUCCAGGCGGCCGAUUUGUGCUGUGCUUGCGGUGGCGGCCGCGAGGACGUCCUGAGUUCUGCUUCUUGCUGGGACAAUUUUGAAAGCAUGUGUUGGCAUAUGCCGCGGAAUGCCCGGGCGUUCCUGUUCUACGUGAGGGGCCUUUUUGAAUAUUUGACGAGCCUGUCAGGAUUCAACGACAGCGUCACCGAGGUCGUCGAGAAGGAUUACGCUGGGGUCAAUCCCGACGAGGGCAUGAUGGCCGACCUCAUCGAGCACGUCGCGACCGGCGCCAUGGGGCGGGCUCUGGUCAGUGGCAUUUGGGAGUUGAUGCCUGGGCUCGCGCACCCGCGGGGGUUGUCCGGCUGCGACUUUCUUGCGUCGUACGAGGUCACGUCUUUGCUGAACCUCGACGCGUGCGCCGACGGGGACCACACGUCCCUGAGGUUCUUCUGCCCAAAAGCCUGCGGCUGCGGCUCAUCGUUCGGCAUGGACGAGUGUCCCGUUGCUUGCGUCCUCAAGGAGUGUUUGGAGGCAAAUGCAUCGUGUGCUCACGUGCACCCUUGGUACAGCGACGAGUGCCUCGCUGGGUAUCACAACGAUGGCGGGCGUCCUACGUGUCUCAGCUGCGCCGGCGGCGAGACGAGGCGGCGGCGGGCGGCCGACUGCACGGACUGCCCCGACGGCUUUUACGACAUUGGGAAUUUGGACGACUGCGUGUCGUGCGUGGGUGGAGCCGUCCGGCGGCGACGCUCCCAGUCCUGCACUGACUGUGCCCCGGGCUAUGUCGACGCCGGCGACAGCGACGAGUGCAGCCCUUGCGUGGGAUGUACCACGACCCGCAGGCGGUCUGUCUUCUGCGCAGAGUGCGCGACUGGGAGGUACAACGAGGGAGGCAUGGAGGACGACUGCCAGUUGUGCCUCGGUGUUUGGACGACGAGGCGGCGCGCGUCCACUGCAAGCGAGUGUCCGGCUGGCCACUAUAACGACGGCACCUCUGACGAUUGCCUUCAGUGUGGCAGAGACCGUGAGACAAGGCGCCGCCGUGCCGAGACUUGCACCACCUGCGAUGCUGGUUACACCAACCUUGACGGGGACGACACGUGUGAGCCUGUUGGGUGUCCAUAUAACUCUACUGGAGACAGCGUUGUGGACGGAUGCAAGUGCGAUGUUGGAUUUGUCGGUCUGAUCCGACCUCUUUCCGGGCAACCGUAUUUUUCGGGUGCAUGUUCGGAGCUACCCUUCUACAAAAUAACUUCUGGAUUUUGCCCAGUUCCAGUCUUGGACACUGAUCUGUGUCCUUUCGCUGCGCAGGUACUUGGUAUGAGUGAUGCUACCUCCGCGACUGAGAGAAACACGUAUUUUGAUUGGAAUUGGUGGGCGUAUUUGUCUUACGAGUGGGAGCCACGUGGGUGUUACGUGGAUACCUGGUUUGGCAACCUUCUGUCCAAUGAGUACGGAGAGCAGUUUUGUAGUCCGAGGUAUGCGUGCAUUUGCAUUGGGUACGAGGACGAAUUUGUUUGCACUGAUUCGGGAGACACAACGUGCCCAAAUGCCACCAACGCUAGUUUUUCUGCAUAUUAUGAUUGUUCGGAUGGCGUAAGGGAGAGUUGCUGUGAUUGCGGCGGUGGGGACCUCACGAAGCAGAGCGCAAGCUCGUGCGUGGACACAGAUGGAUUGCACCUCAGUGUUCCCGCCGAAUUUAGUUUUGAGAACGGCCAGGGUUCCUCACUUCAAUGUCUAAAGUGGGACUGGAUGCCAUCAACCUGUCAUUGGGCGAUCUACUAUGACGAAGAAGAGUUCACUGCUGCUGACAUGUGCUGCGCUUGCGGUGGCGGGCAAUAUGCGAUCACUUUGACCGCUGCGAGCUCCACGACCACAACGUCGGCCACCGAGUCGAACGCUACGCAGCUUUAAGUAUUACAGCCCGGAGGCAGCGCCAGGAGUGGCUGGCGCGUGGAGGGCGGCUGGCAGCGGGCGACGACGCGAGGCUGCCGACACUGGAGGAAGAGGCGGAGGCGGAGGCGGAUGAGGCUGGCCGAGGGGGCCAGGGACGCGACGGCGGGCGGCGCCGUGAAUGUACUCAUUCGUAUUGCAGCAUUGUAAUAUUUUUUAAUAUAGCACCUCCCACCUUGUCCUUUCUCUCCCUCUCGCCCUCCCGCCUUUCCCCCCUCCUCCUCUGUUCCCUCCCGCGUGCCUGGUCCGAGGCAUGGCAGCACGCAGCGUGCCGCGCGCCGCGUGGGCGGGCCGCGGCUACUGGCGCGCGGCUUCUUCCUCCGUGCCCUGUGGCCGUUCUGCCGACGUUCCCCUCUCGUCGUUCCUCUUCGUGUCUCUCGUCUUUCUCGCUUUUCCUGGCCUCGCGGCCUGUCCGCUUGUCGUCCUCGUCGUCAUCGUCUCGUCUUCCUCCUCCACACGUUCUCGCCGACUUGCCUUGGCUGAUCCGGCCUCGGUGCGACGCUGUAGCAUCGAAGAGUCCCCUUUCCCAUUGGUUGGGAAGCUGGCGAUUUUCAUUGUUUCAAGUGUGUAUGGCCCUUCCGUGUAGGACCUGCCCAGCCCAAUGUUCAUCCCCCUCCUCCUCCUCCGCCUCCUCCUCCUCCUCCUCCGCCCCGGCGAGCCGACAGUCUGUUAGACAAUUCUGUUUGACAGUUCCUCGUCGUGUGAACGUACACGAGGCGAGCCGACAGUCUGUUAGGGUGGGUUUCGUUUGAUCUGGGGCCGAUUUUGCAGGCCGCGUGGGCGAUUCAGUGCAGCGUUGCUUUUGUCGACGAAGCACGCCGACUCGGUAGACAUGAUGGCGUGCUCCACAGGGAGAAGUUAGGAUGAUGAUGAUGAUGAUAAGGAUGAUUCGUCGAUCAAGUAUUACACUGGGCUCGACAGCUGCGCUCGUUGCAGUUCGCGCUGAUCUCCUCUGGCAGUUACAAUGCCUGUCGGAUGACAAUACGUCUGGGAGUCCGGGUACCUGGCUCAAAUGCCAAUCUUUCAUUUUUUACAGCUCAGCACGCCCAUGAUGUCGGCGCGGCCGCUCGAGCUCUUUCUCCUGCCAUCACUGGCGUCAGAGCCACGAAUUGCCUUCUGCGAGCUGUGCAAGCCAAACUGUGCGCAGCCCUGCCUUGCAUCUCCAGCGUCACGAAUAACAAGAAAGAAAAUCAGAGAUGCACGUUUCUCCGUCCCCCUUUUUAUCGUCCCAAAGGCCGAUCGGGC